GGGAAGGAGCUGGGAGAACCGAGGCGGCCGUUCCCGGGCGCCGGGACGAGGAGGUCCCUAUGUUGACUAGUUGAGACAAAAAUAAAUAUGGCCUUCUACAGUUUUAAUUCAGUCUUAGCUAUUGCCCGAAUAAGAUUCCUAUUUAAAUACAACAUAUAUGAAGCACUAUGGAAGCAAGUAUUUCCACCCUAGUCAGUCAGGCAAUAAAGUACUUCACUCUCCAACUAGACUCAUACAAAAGCUACACACAUCAGCUUGCUGGCUACAAGAGGUCCCUGGUAAACCUCAGCAAGAACAAACCACAGAAAAGUCACAGGUGACAAGCCCUCGGCCAACAAAAGAAAUUAGUACAAAGAUUAAAGAAGGCAAGCGAUCUUAUACACAAAAAAUUGUGGAUGAACUUAAAUAUUAUUACAAUGGAUUCUACUUACUUUGGAUUGACACCAAAGUUGCUGCCAGAAUGGUUUGGAGGCUGUUGCAUGGACAGGUGCUGACCAGAAGAGAGAGGCGACGGUUUUCCUGAAACUCUUCCCAGAGAUGUUGCCAUCAACUUUUGAAAGUGAAUCCAAAAAGGAAGAAAAACAGAAAAAGAAAAUGGCUGUGAAGUUGGAACUAGCAACAUUUCUUCAAGAAACCAUGACAGAAAUGGCUAGGAGGAACAAAGCCAAAUUGGGGGAUGCCUCUUCACAGCUCUCAUCCUAUGUGAAACAGGUCCAGACAGGCCACAAGCCCAGCACAAAGGAGAUCGUUCGGUUUUCUAAACUGUUUGAGGAUCAGCUAGCCCUGGAGCACUUAGAUCGACGUCAGCUAGUUGCCCUUUGCAAACUGCUAGAACUGCAGACCUUUGGAACUAACAAUUUGCUCCGCUUUCAGCUCCUGAUGAGACUGAAGUCUAUAAAAGCAGACGAUGAAAUAAUUGCCAAAGAAGGGGUGAGGGCUUUGAGUGUGUUGGAACUCCAGGCUGCCUGUAGGGCCCGAGGGAUGAGAUCACUGGGUCUCACUGAGGAACAACUACGCCAACAGCUCACAGAGUGGCAGGACCUCCACCUGAAGGAGAAUGUCCCCCCUUCCCUGUUGCUCCUGUCACGAACCUUCUACCUGAUAGAUGUGAAGCCAAAGCUGAUUGAGAUACCACUAAGUGGGGAGGUGAGUACCUGGGUUCAUGGAGGAUCUGAACUUCUUCUCUAA